CCUGGCAUUCCAAAUCCUGGCUUCCCACAAGAACCAAAAAGCAAAGGCAUUGGCAACAUGGCUGCUUUGUCUGCAUCGUUCCUAUUUUAUUUUGUCUCUCUAAUUCUGGCUCCUGCUGUUCAAGCCAAGACGCUAGCCGCCACCCUUAAACCAAUGCUAUAUGCGUUUCCUUCCUAUUUGCCUUUCAUUUUCGGAGACUCCUUGGUCGACGCCGGCAAUAAUGACUACAUCUUAACACUCUCCAAGGCCGAUUCUCCUCCUUAUGGUAUCGACUUCACAGCUUUCAGUGGCCAACCAACAGGGAGGUUCACUAACGGGAAAACCAUCUCUGACAUAGUCGGUGAAUCACUGGGUGCAAAGACCUAUGCUGCCCCUUACUUAGCACCUACUACACAUGGUUCGGUGAUCCUUGGAGGUGUCAACUAUGCAUCUGGGGCUUCAGGGAUUUUAAAUGAGACUGGUUCCAUAUUUAUAGGCAGAGUUCCUUUGGCGAAGCAGGUUGAUUAUUUUGAGGAAACUAGAGAAGAGUUGGUCAAAAUGGUAGGAGAAAAAAGAACCAGAGAAAUUUUGAAGGAAGCGAUCAUCUCAGUAGCAGCAGGAGCAAAUGAUAUACUGAACUAUUUGCAACCUCCCUUACCCAUCAUAGGCAAGAAGAAGGUCACUGCUAGUGAACUUCAAGAUGCCAUGGUGUCCAACUUAACCCUUCAACUCAAGAGAUUGCACACAUUCGGGGCCAGGAAAUUCGUAGUGGUCGAUGUGGGACCUCUUGGAUGCAUUCCAUUGAUUCGCGCACUGAAUCUUGUGGCGAAUGGGGGUUGCUCAUCGGAUGCUAAUAAAGCGGUAGUGGGAUACAACAAAAAGUUGUACCAAAUGUUGCAGAAGUUGAACAUAGAAUUGGGACCCCAAGCUAUAUUUGUCUAUGCAAAUUCUUAUGACAUAGUGAUGGAUAUUGUACAAAAUCGCAGUAAAUAUGGUUUUGAAGAUGGAAACAAUCCUUGUUGUGGUGCAAUUCCUCCAUUCAUUUGCAUUGUUAGAAAAGAUACAAGAAACAAUAGUUCCAUGUUCUGUGAUGACCGCUCCAAGUUUGUGUUUUGGGAUGUAUUCCAUCCAACUGAGGCAGCGAACAACAUUAUUGCCAACAAAUUACUAGAUGGCGAUAAAACCAGUGCUUUUCCAUUCAAUAUUCGGCAGUUGCACAAGUAUAAAGCAUAAGAUAAAAAUUAAUCAAUGAAUUAUGAGUUGACUCUUUGGGCC